CCAGUUCUGCCCAGCCGACCCAGGAGGCGCCUGUAGGGAUAGAAGAAUGUGGCAAGUUGCUGUGAAGGGGAAGCCUAUGUACCUACGACUAGACACACACACACAGACACACACAUAGCCCAGACAGACACAACCUAGACAGAACCUGAGACAGAGACAGAGACAGAGCAGUGUGAGGGACACUAAGUGUGACACACACCAAACUAUCUCACAGACAGCAACAUUAUCCACUACCCUCACCUACUCGCACCACAUCAAGGACGUCUUAUGCAACGGGAGAUGAAUAGGGAGACAACAGAGCGGUAGGGGCAAGAAAGAUGAAUCCUUCUUCGGGUGUACGUACACUCACCAUGCUCCCCAUGCAACUCACUGGCCUCAACAGGUAGCCUCCUGCAUUCACCACCCCCACUGUUUGUGCAGACAGAGCGCAGGGAGGGCUCCGCAAGGCUGCUCUAAAUCGGAGUAGCUGAUCCCAGACAGAGACUAACCUCCAGACUGACGAUGGUUAUGAGAGGGGCAGUUGAGUCAGGCUUCCCCCUGCUCGGAGUGGCCGUACUAGGCUUUCUCUGCUGCAUGCGAGGGGGUCAGACCCAGGAUGACUCGGGCUUUGGGGGGAUCCCAGGCACCAUGCCUCCCCACCUCAUCUUCAUCCUGGCGGAUGACCAGGGCUAUGGGGACGUGGGCUACCAUGGCUCGGACAUCCACACUCCGGUCCUGGACCAGCUGGCUGGAGAAGGGGUGAAGCUGGAGAACUACUAUGUCCAGCCGAUCUGCUCACCCUCACGCAGCCAGCUUAUGACCGGGCGGUACCAGAUUCACACGGGCCUCCAGCAUUCUAUCAUCCGGGCACGCCAGCCGCUGUGCCUGCCCCCGGAUGCGCCCACCCUGGCUGAGCGGCUGCAGGAAGCGGGCUACAGCACCCACAUGGUAGGAAAGUGGCACCUGGGCUUCUGCCGGCCGGGCUGCCUGCCCACGGGCCGCGGCUUCCAGAGCUUCCUGGGCUCCCUGACUGGCAGCGGUGACCACUUCUCCUACCAGAGCUGUGACCAGGCUGAGGCCUGCGGCUUCGACCUGCACGAUGGGGAGAGACCAGCCUGGGAGAUGAGCGGUAACUACUCCACAACGCUCUACAUAGAAAGGGUUAAGAAGAUCCUGAGGGCCCAUGACCCUCGGAAGCCCCUUUUCCUGUACCUGGCCCUCCAGGCUGUCCACACACCCCUCCAGGCACCAAACCACUUUCUGCAACGCUACAGUGCCCUGGACAACCGCCCGCGACGACACUACGCAGCCAUGGUGAGCUGUGUUGACGAGGGUGUGGGGGCGCUGGUGCAGGAGCUGAGGACUCGUGGCCUCUACCAGAACUCUGUCCUGGUCUACUCCUCAGACAACGGGGGCCAGCCCCUCUCUGGGGGCUGCAACUGGCCCCUGCGUGGGGGGAAGGGCACGUACUGGGAGGGGGGAGUACGGGCGGUGGGUUUCGUCCAUAGCCCACUCCUGAAGAGGAAAGGAAAGGUGAGCAAGGCGCUGAUCCAUGUUUCUGACUGGUACCCAACCCUGCUGUCUCUGGCGGGGGCACCGGAGAAGGACCGAGGCCAGCUGGACGGCCACAAUGUGUGGGGGGCCAUCAGCCAGGGGCUGCCUUGCCCCCGCACUGAGAUCCUGUUCAACAUCGACCCGGUAUCCCGACGGCCUGGGGAGGCAGACUCCAGGACCCUGGCCCUUAACGGCUUUGGCAUCUGGGACACGGCAUUGCGGGCGGCAAUCCGGGCCGGGGACUGGAAGUUGCUGACGGGAAAUGUGGGUGAUGGGGACUGGGUGCCCCCUCAGACCCUGCCCGGGGGGCCCCAUCAGUGGCAGGGCAUGGAGAAACGUCGGGAUCAGAGGGGGAAGUCUGUGUGGCUUUUCAACAUCACCGCUGACCCUUAUGAGAGGUCAGACCUAGCCGAUGCAAGGCCUGAGGUGGUCAAAAUACUGCUGGCCAGGCUGGCCGAGUACAACCAGACGGCCGUGCCGCCCCGAAACCCCCCCGAUGACCACAUGGCGGACCCCCAGCUCCAUGGGGGGGUGUGGACACCGUGGCUGGGUGAGCCAGGCAGCGAGGGGCCAGAGGGCAGCGGGGAGGGAGGGAAAGGGAAGGGGAAGAGUAGUAAAAUGAGGCACUGUAAGGUGUGCAAACUGAAAGCCCUCUUUAAGAAGGUGGGCUCCCGGAUGCAGAGGUCCUCUCUCUUCUUUUAGUCCACAGAGGGAGGGAAGAAGCACGUGGAUGUACAGGCAGGACUGACCGGCCUACAUGAGACUGGAUCUUAGUCACUGGCUGUCCCCUGGCAGGGUGACUUUGUGCAACUGUGAGAUUGAUGUUGAGAGUGAUGUUUUGAUGUCUCAUCUGCCCAUGAACAGAAGGACACGAUCAGAAUGACACUCGGACACCCAGAGAGAUAUUUCUUUCAUUUGUUGUUUUGUUAUUUGUAUGUGGUGAUAGAAUGGACCUUCUAGGCUACACGCUGCUUAUCAAAUACUCCCAAACCAACUCUAAACAACACCUCACUGCGUCAAAAUUCUAAAGUGGGUACUGGCCAGCAUAAGCUAAGCCAGAGAUACCGUGGCCGUUGUGCUCUUCAGUGCUGUUACAGUACAGUACACCUAGAACUUAAGCCAUGUUCCAGACAUAUGUAGCUCAUACUGUAAGUAAGUGUGAUAUGCCAGCUGGCAAAUCCCAGACUGUGAAAUAAUGCAGAUAUAACUGGAUCAGGGUGACCAAGGUUUGGACAUGCAACAAUACAGAAGCCAGAUCAGAUCAGAUGUGAAGCUUGCAUCUCUUGACUGUAAGUCAUUUGUGUAGAAACGAAUGUGUGUGAUUAUGCAUGUACUGGAGAUAAUGUAGGCUAUGUUCAGCAAUCCUGCAGCAAACCCACGCACAGCAGUCUGACCGAGUGUGCAUCAAGCUGCCUACUACAUCCCUGCCUCCUCCUCUCUAGCCAAGUCUCACCCUUCCCUCUUGUCCUCUCUCCCUAUCUUUCUCUAAUUUCAUCAAAUUUUCUCUUGCUCUUUGCCUCUUUCCCACAGCAGUAGGAAACCUUUCUUCAUCCUCCUCCUCUCUCUUCGUCAUCUUCUUCUCGUCUUCUUCCUCCUGAAUCUUUCUGAUUUCAUUCAGAGAUCAGGUCAGUUCAUAAGUGAAAGGGAGGAUGAAUAUGUUUGUGAGAAAUGAGAACUGAUGUGCAGAGUUACAUAAACAGUAAGGAGGAGGAGAGAAGAAGGAGGAAGGCUCCCUAAGGGGCAGCAAGGCCAUUUGAAGCAUUCCCUGUCUUAUCUGUAUUCUCCUCAUUUGUGAAGAUGAACAUGUCAUAACAUACCAGUAAGUGCCUAUGUAUAAUUUGAUGCUAACCAAAAUGUGUUCUGCCUUUUGCUGCUUUCCAUUUAUAAAUAUUCUUUGACAGAA